AUGAUCGUAAUCGUUUUUGGUUUCUUGUUUAUUAGUAAUUUAUGUGCAUACCGAAUUAACGAGAAUUUCAUAUAGGAAAAGCAAGGAUAACUUGAUGAAAAUAAUGAAUUGUAAGCGUAAGAGUACUCUGAAAAAUUAUAAUAGUGCUUUGAAAAUGAAUUAGAUGCAAAGCAUGAAUUAGAGAAUGGUAACUCAAUUAAAGUAUUUUGAGUAAUGAAGUUUGAUGAAAAAACAAUAGGAUUUGGAGAUGGAUUUGAUAUAUAUAAAGAGGAAGAAGAAAGAGAACUUAAAGAUGGAAAAAUGGGAAAUAAAAUAAAUGGAUUUGGAAAAGGUUUUAAUGUUUAUGAAGAGGAAGAGAGAAAAGAAAGUGAGAAGGUUAAUGUUAAAGGAUUUGGAAAAGGAGAAGAAGUAUAUGAAGAUGUUUAAGAGAUUAAAAAUGUGAAAGGAUUUGGUAAAGGUGAAGAAGUUUAUGAAAUGGAAGAUCAAGAAAAGGAGUAAUCAUAAGAGAAGGGAUUUGGAGAGGCUCUUGAAACAAUUGAUGAUUAUGAGUAAUAAAUGGACGAUAAGAAUUCAUAAAUUCAAUUGUCUGGAAAUUUAAGAAAGAAAGCAUGAUU